AUGGCCUGGAGUUUCCACGGGAAAGCCCAGCUUGGGGGACUGCUCCUCUCCCUCUUCGGCUGGGUCUGCUCAUGUGUCACCACCAUCCUGCCCCAGUGGAAGACUCUCAAUCUGGAACUGAACGAAAUGGAGACCUGGAUCAUGGGGCUUUGGGAGGUCUGCGUGAAUCAGGAGGAAGUUGCCGUGUGCAAGGCCUUUGAGUCCUUCUUGUCUCUGCCCCAGGAGCUCCAGGUAUCCCGAAUUCUCAUGGUAGCCUCCCACGGGCUGGGGCUACUGGGGCUCCUGCUCUCUGGCUGUGGGUCCGAAUGCUUCCAGUUUCACAGGAUCAGAUGGGUAUUUAAGAGGCGGCUCUGCCUCCUGGGAGGGACUUUGGAAACAUCUGCUUCAGCCACUACCCUCUUUCCAGUCUCCUGGGUAGCCUACGCCACGAUCCAAGACUUCUGGGAUAACAGCAUCCCUGAGAUUGUGCCUCGCUGGGAGUUUGGAGAUGCCCUCUACCUGGGCUGGGCUGCUGGUGUCUUCCUGGCCCUUGGUGGGUUACUCCUCAUCUUCUCAGCCUGUCUGGGAAAAGAAGACGUGCCCUCUCUCCAGAUGGCUGGCCCUAGACCCCUGCCGUUCUGUGCCCCGGCAGAUGAGGCCAAUGACUCCUUCUGUCUAACACCAAGACCUAGGAACCUGUUCAUCUAG